UGUGACAUCACAGCAGUCCCCCCCACCCCCAGCGCCACCCAGAGAGCAAGGGAGUUCCUUGGAUUGGGUGGCUGCAGGAACAGGGCUCUGAGAGGCGAGGAAGAAAGAAUGCAGCUGGUGAAGCUGGGAGGAGGGUGUGUCAAAUUUAUAAAACAGAUCCGAGCAGAUGCUGGACAGAUGCCAGGUUUCCCUGCUAGGGCCAAGACAGAAUGGCAGAGGGUUCCAAGCUCCAGCUUUUCGUCAAGGCCAGCAGUGACGGAGAGACCGUAGGGCACUGUCCCUUCUGCCAGCGCCUUUUCAUGGUUCUGCUGCUCAAGGGGGUCCCCUUCACGCUGACCACAGUGGACAUGAAGAGGUCCCUGGAUGUCCUGAAGGACUUCGCCCCAGGAGCCCAGCUGCCUGUCCUGCUCUAUGGCAGGGAGCCCAAAACAGACACCAUCAAGAUCGAAGAGUUCCUGGAGGAGACCCUGGCCCCACCUGAGUUCCCCAGCCUGGCACCCAGAUAUAGAGAGUCCACCUUGGCUGGGAAUGACGUCUUCCACCGGUUCUCUGCCUACAUCAAGAACCCAGCACCUGCUCAGGAUGAAGCUUUGCACCAUGGCCUUCUCAAAGCCCUCCAAAGGUUGGACAAAUACUUGAACACCCCUCUGGAGUACGAGCUGGCCCGUGACCCCCAGCUGGCUGUCUCCCGCCGGCAGUUCCUGGAUGGGGACCAGAUGACACUCGCUGACUGCAACUUGCUCCCCAAACUCAACAUUGUGAAUGUGGUGUGCCAGCACUACCGCCAGGCAGGCAUCCCCAAGGACCUGCGGGGCAUCGGGCGCUACCUGGAGCAUGCUGCCGAGACCAAGGAGUUCCAGUACACCUGUCCAAACCGCCAGGAGAUCAUCCAGGCCUACCACGGCGUGGUCAGGCAGCCCAAGUAGCCCCCUGGCUGGAGGAGGAGGCUGGCACGCCCUGCCCAGCUCCUCCUUCCUCUCCCUCAGAGCCACCCAGCAGCGGAAGAAACCAUUGGAGGCUGAGAUCAGCGGGACCCCCUUGGGUACAGCUCUGCCCAAGACUGCCUUUUGGCAUGUCUGGCACCGCCGCCCAUCUUCCCUCCCACCAAGGCAGUGGGUGCUUACACAAGGUGGCCAGGAACUAGCCCUGCCCUUGGGCAGCACUGGCAUGAAUGCUGUGGCGAUUGUCUACAGACAGGCCACUCGCUAGACAGCCCGGCUUGCUUCUUUAGGCUGACCUGCUCACGUUCAGAUUCAGCAAGGAAGAUUUGAUGGAGGAGAGACCAGCUCCCUUCACAACUGCAAGGAUGGGCUCAAAGGCCCUUGAAUGGGUGGCACUCUUAGGAUAUGCCACUCAUCUGCAGCUCGGAGAAGCACUGGACACGACCUCGCUCUCGGGGGCUCGGAAGGUGACAGGCCAGGAGAAAUGUGGCGGGUGGCUUUGCCUGCAUUUCUACAUUUUCUCUCUCUCCCUAUCUAGGGCUCUUUCUAAGUACGAUACCCCUCCCAAAAUUCAGAUGCAAUAAAUGUCCUUCCCCAAAAUUAAACUG